UCAUUCGAACUAAGGUUCAAGAAGCGCAUAAUAAUUCUAAAUACUGUUGUAGUAGCACCUAGUCAUUCGAACUAAUGUGACAUUAGCACAAAGUCAUUCAAAAGAAUGUUCUAGUAGCACAUAGACAUUGAAAAGAAUGUUCUAGCAGCAUGGAAUACAACACACACACACACACACACACAAGGCUAUAGCGGAGCCUAUAGUCACGCGCGCUGUGCUUUACACGGCCCCCAACGCGCUCUGCUUCCGAUACUACACACACCACUCGACAGCUGCAAAGACAUCAGGCUCGUUCACAAGGCUCCUCUUUAACUCGGCCCAGAACGCAUACGACGGCCGUGCCUGCUUUUCGCCCGUUUUUACACACCACAUCGCACCAAAUGCGCAGCCCGCCGGCUUGAGUACAACGCGCGCCGCGCCUUUUCAUGUGCGCUGCGCGAGACUGUUGCUCUCUAGCCGGCCAGGCCGGGCCACGGGAGAAACGAGAAAGCCCGUCCUCGCUCAGAGUGUGCUUCAACGUUUUGAAUCUCGUCUUGCGAGUGGGAUUUUCACCGAGAAAUGCCAUGAGAAAACACAUCUGAGCGCGCCGCGUCCGUACAUUCAUUCAGCGGCGCCCGAGUUGAGUCUACAACGCUCUCAUAUCUGUUUUUAAGACCAGCCGCGGGAAGGGAGGAUCCUGUGUUACACACUAACGUACAGCGUACGACUCGUGUAUUCUACGUAGUUCCAAGAGAGAUGGCAGAAGUUGCACCCGCUCCCGCCGCCGCGCCGGCCAAAGCGCCCAAGAAGAAAGCAGCUUCGAGAGCAAAAAAAGCCGGCCCUAGCGUCGGUGAGCUGAUCGUCAAAGCCGUUUCCUCGUCUAAGGAGAGGAGCGGCGUGUCUCUCGCUGCUCUGAAGAAAGCGCUGGCUGCCGGCGGAUAUGAUGUGGAGAAGAACAACUCCCGCGUCAAGAUCGCCGUUAAGGGUCUCGUGACUAAAGGCACUCUGGUGCAGACCAAAGGGACCGGCGCGUCUGGCUCUUUCAAGCUGAACAAGAAGCAGACCGAAGCCAAGAAGCCCGUGAAGAAAGCCGCGCCCAAAGCGAAAAAGCCCGCCGCCACGAAGAAGCCCAAGAAGGUAGCAGCCAAGAAACCCGCCGCCGCGGCCAAGAAGUCUCCUAAGAAGGCGAAGAAGCCUACAGCCGCCGCAAAGAAAGCCACCAAGAGCCCGAAGAAGGCGAAAAAGCCCGCGACCCCUAAAAAGGCAGCUAAGAGCCCCAAGAAAGCGAAAGCUGUCAAGCCCAAGACCGCAAAGCCUAAAGCGGCAAAGGCGAAAAAGGCAGCGCCCAAAAAGAAGUAAAGACGUUUGUUUCUUUCAUGCUUUUGUUCCUUAAACGGCUCUUUUAAGAGCCACCCAUAUUUUCCUUUAAAGAGCGACAAUUCAUUUUCAGUCAAGCUUUAUGGAAUCAAAGCAAUACACGUUAGAAACAUACAAUAGUAUGGAUACACAUAUCUGCUACAUAUGUAUACAUAACCACACGCUGAUGCUGAUUUUAGUACAGUAGAAAAGAAUCCUGAUCGUGAUUCCUUAACGUCAUUCCUGAUCUCCAAAACC